AUGGAUAUGUUAUCCAAAGAUAAAAUAAUUAUAAUAUUGUGUGGAGUGAUCGGUGCAGUCAUAUGCCGUUCAAUCAGUACUAAAUGCCCGGAACCUGAAGUAAUACAUCCAUGUAUUUGCGACUAUGAGUCCAAAACUUAUGAAACUCUGCUUCGAAUCCAAUGUCUGGGCGACGAAGAGUUGGAUCUGAUCCGUGUCUUCACAAACCUAAGCCAAACCCUGAAAGGGAUGAACAAAAAGUUCAACGAAUUCUACUUAAACAACACGAGAAUCACUGAAUUGCCGGCAAAUGUCUUCGCAGACAUUGGUUUCAAAAUGGUUAGGAUAGAGGGGGCGUCGCGUCUGACUCGCAUCCAUAGCCAAGCGUUUAACGGCACUCAACACACCAUUACUUCCCUCUAUAUAAACGCCACACCCGUCCAGAAUUCAGGGCCCGAUUACGACCUGUUCGGCGCCAUAAACACUCUGAAC